CUCGGGGGCUAGGAACUGAGGGUUAAGUGAGGCUACGGGCCAGGUAGCGGUCGCUUCCAUCCUUGAAGUGGAGCAGAAAUGCUACUUUCUUCCUGCCAGGGGACGCGGUUGGGCCCUAGGGCUGCAUCAACGCAGAAACAUGGGUUGGACGCAGCUGGAAUGGGACCAGGGUCUCUCAAACUGUUAGCAAGUCAGAAAGAAAUCAUUCUGUUGGUUAUUAAUGAUUAUCAAGGUAAAGAGAAUCACAGAGAGGAGGCUGAACUAGACCGAAAACACUGAAUCACAUACAGUGAACUCGACGCUGCUCUAUGAAAAAGUCAAGCUCAGCUCUGCAGUGACUAUUCAUGAUCUCCCUGGGGAAAGUGCAGCAACAGUCAUACAAUGAAGAGUUUGACUCAUUCAAGGAGGCACCAACAUUUGAGAGCAGUUGUUAUUCACCUAAGACCACAAUAGGUACAGGCUGUAAAGUAAGGCAAACCGUCGCGUUGGUCCUGGACCGCAGCCCCUUUUUCGGGGCCGGACUCUAGGAGCCACUUCCCAGGCCCCGCCCCUUAUCGCUAUACCGUAAGUGCGCCUGCGCGUUUGCGUAUGCACGUGCGCGGGGCGGUGGCCAUCUGAGGUACGCGCUGCAGCCUGCGGCUGAAGUUAAGUAUUUCUCUCCGGCGUCCGCCCUCGGUACGGCCUCGCAGGAGGCGAGAGACCCCGACAAGGCGCGCAGCCUCAAAGGGCUCUCGCCUAGCGCACAUCCCUAUCCGCCGCAGCCUCCAGCACGCGCUCCGGGGUGCCGGCUCUUCAUCAGCCGGGGUCGCGACGGCCGCGGCGGGAGGAGGCGCGUCGGCCUGGCUUUUUCUCCUCCCGCAGUGCUCCCCCUUUCAGAAGCCUCCGAAGCAGCCUUUGGGGCUUUCCUCCAGAAGCAAGAGCGUCUCCGUCGUUCUUGUCGCCAAGACUCUGGCUCCUGGCCCCGCGUCCCCAGCAGCAGGGCAGCCCCGUCGGUCCCGGUGAGCACUCGGUGGCGUUGCAUGUAAGGCCGCGGGUGUCGGUUCGGAAGACUGAGAGAUGCCUAGUGAAUAGUGCCUGCUGACAGGUAAGUAACACCUGUUUCUUAAGGUUGGUGAUAUGAGACAAGACUUCCACUACUACUUAAGGAAUUGGGACCGACCUGCCUGCUAGGUUCAGAUACUUGUCUUGAAGAGACUUCAGGAACAAGUGUGCGAGCAGAUUUACCAUAAGACUUCCAGGAUGCCGGCCAUUGACCUUUCACCUUGUGGUCAUAUUUCUCAAGAUUUUUUCUGUCUUUACAAAGAGAAAUCAGAGGGGGAAAGAAUUCUGACUGAAUGUCUGACAAGUUAUUCUCAGGUUGGGAGAUUUGUCUUAAUACCAAAUGGUCAGCACCUCAGCAGAAUGCUUUGCAGGGGGAAACAUCCAGUGUGGUAGAAAUGGAAAAGCUUUCCUGCGCUUGGCUUCAGCUCUGAGCCGCGGCUCGCUGGCCACGCCCCCAGGGCUACCUUCCGGUCACGCCCCUCCGCCAGAGGCCGGAAGCGGGCGUUGUUGGCUCUUCCGGAGCUGCCUCCCGCCGCGUGGGCUGUAUUUCAUCGGCCAUCCGCCCGGCUGGACAGAAUCCCAGGUGUACAAGUUCCUAUUUCCUGGAAUCCUGAGGAUUUCCUGUAGUGAUUGUCAUUGGAUGGGUCUGCUUUCUCAGUACUCCUGGCCAGGAGGGAGACACAGAAGAGGAGGAAUGGCUGCAGAAUUACUGACAACCUGGUCACAGAACUCAGUGACCUUUGAGGAAGUGGCGGUGGACUUCUCCCAGGAGGAAUGGGCAUUGCUGGACCCUGCUCAGAAAAUCCUGUACAGAGAUGUGAUGCUGGAGAACUUUAGGAACCUGGUCUCCAUGGGGUAUCAUCUCUGCAGAAGCAGCCUGUUUGCUGAGGUGGAGCAGGAAGAACUGAGGACAGAAUGGAGAGGAAUUCUCCAAGGUGCCUGUACAGUUUCAGAUUGGGAUAUACAACUUAAAUCAAAAGAUGCAAUUCCUAUGCAGAAUGUUCCUGAGGAAAAAAAUUCUAAUCACAUAAAAAUGGUACCACCUCAACCUGGUGAGAAGCCCUUGGAAUUUGAUCACAGUGGAAAAUUCUUCAGGAAGAACUGUCACCUUAUUUGUUCAAGGUAUUGCAAGGGAAAGAAAUGGUACAAAAAUAAAGAAUAUUGGAACUGCUCCAACCAUCCUUCAACUUUUAGGAGUCAUGUGAGUAAUCACAGUGGAAAGAAAACUUUUGAGUUUGAUGAUUGUGGCAUACCUUUCAGUCAAGAGUCAUCCCUUCAGAAACACUUAAGAACCCUCAUGGGAAAGGAAUCUUAUGAUUGUAGACAGUGUCUUAUGUCCUUCAGCUUACAUGCCUGCUUUUCAGUACAUGAGCCAGUACCUCCUGGAAAGAGACUCUGUGAAGGCAGUGACUGUGGAAAAACGUCUUCCCUUAGUGUCCCCAAAAAAAUGUGUACUGUGGAGGAAAGUGCCAAGUGUAAUGAGCUUGGGAAAGUUUUCACUGGCCCCUUGUCCCUUGAGAAAUGUGUGAGACCUCAUACUGGAGAUAAACCUUAUGAAUGCAGGAACUGUGGGAAGGCCUUCGUUUUUCAGUCUUCCCUUAAGAAACACAUGAGAUCUCACACUGGAGAGAGACCUUACCAGUGUAAUCAUUGUGGAAAAUCCUUUAGCCAGAGCUCACAUCUUAAUGUGCACAAAAGAACUCACACUGGGGAGAAACCCUAUGACUGUAAGGAAUGUGGCAAAGCUUUCACCGUUCCUUCAUCCCUUCAGAAACAUAUGAGAACCCAUACUGGAGAGAAACCCUACGAAUGCAGUGACUGUGGGAAAGCCUUCAUUGAUCAGUCAUCCCUUAAGAAACAUACACGAUCUCACACUGGAGAGAAGCCUUAUGAAUGUAAUCAGUGCGGAAAAUCCUUCAGCACAGGCUCUUACCUGAUUGUGCACAAGAGAACUCACACUGGAGAGAAAACCUAUGCAUGUAAAGAAUGUGGGAAGGCCUUCAGGAAUUCCUCUUGCCUAAGAGUACAUCUGAGAACUCACACAGGAGAGAAGCCCUAUAAAUGUAUUCAGUGUGGAAAGGCAUUUAGCACCAGCACUAACCUCAUAAUGCACAAGCGAAUACAUACUGGGCAGAAACCCUAUGGAUGAAAUGACACGGGAAAGCCUUAAGUGGUCCUUUCCAGAACUCACACUGGAAAGAAACCCUAUUGAGACCAAUGUAGAAAGACUUCAGGCACAGUUCUUGACCUAGGUUAUUCUGAGACCAACCUUAUAAACGCUACAGUUCUAUAAUUGUCUUUAUCAAUGAGUUUUCAUCCUUAAAGUGCAACAGCUCAUUAGUUAAUUAAAAAUUAGAGUAUUAAAAGUUAUGUAGUACUCUAAAUGCCCCUGAUCUACAUCAUAAAGGUUUUGAUAUAUAAUGUUUUCACUAUAAUUUAGUACAAAUAUUGUCCAAUUCUCAUUGAGGUGUCUUGCACCUAUAGGUUAUUUAGAAAUACAUUUUUUAAUAUGCAGACUAUGCAUAUUAUCUUUUAGUUAAAACUAUAAUUGCAUUAUGCACAGAAUGCAUGGUCUUCAUGAUACAGAUUCUGUAUGACAAAUUCAAACAAAAUUGUUGGAGACUUGCUGUGUGGUCUAAUGUGUCAGAUACAAGAAAUGCUUCCUACAUCCAUUUUUCUCUUCCCUUCAAAAAGUUACAAAACUAUAGUUGUGUUCAAGUUGGCAGUGUGGACAGUCUUUUAAGGUUUCAUCUCCGAGCCUUCCUUGCAGCUAUGAGUGCCCAUGAGCCCCCAAUUCCGGCCAGUAAAAAUAGGCAGAGAUCACUGCUUAUAGGUUCUAAAGAAGUUCAUGGAAAUGGAAGCAUCUCUGGCAUUUUCUCUUUACCAUUUACCCCUUGUCUUAUCUCGUCUUCUUUCCUGGAUAAUAGACCAAGAGGAUGACUGUCAUAGACCACUGAUUAUACAAAAGGAGCAUACAGUGUUAUUUGAGUCUGCCAACUCUAGACUGCUUAUUUCUGGACUUUAUGUAACAUGAGAAAAAUAAAUUCCAAAUUAUUUAAA